CUUUGCCUGUCUCAACCUGUGGGUUCCGUUGCCCGCGUUCUCGUCCGAGCCAUGGCCCUGGCCGCGCGCGCCGCCGCGCUGCGCCAGCGCAAGCCCAAGCCCUCGGCGGCGCCAGUGGAGCGCCCGGCGCCGCCGGCGCUGGUGGCGCGAGUGAAGUGCCUGAUGUCGGAGCAUGGGCAGAUGGCCAGCGAUGCCUGGCGCCGCGCUUGGACCACCAAGGGUGGGGGCAGAGGCCCCGACCCCAGCGUUUACUCGGCGGAGUUCUUGGCGAAGUUCGUUGAGGAGGUCGGAGAGAUGGCAGGCAGAGCAGCUUCCUUGGUCACGCAGGUGAAGCAGCUGCAGGGCCGCUGCUCUGCCGCAGCGGUGGCCUGGGAGCAGCACUGCCGGAGGACUGGCCAGAUGGACCCGGACCCUCGCAAGCAGAACGCCAUGCAACUGCAAGAGUUCCUGGAGUUUUGGGAGAAGGAUGGCGCGUCGAUGCCCUCCGCAGAGUUGGUGAGCCAGGUGCGGUCGCUCACCAAGACCUCGCCGGAAGCCAAGGCGAAGUGGAACCAGUGGUUCAAGCGCCAGGGCGGACAGUGGAGCCCCAACAUGCACACGCGGGAGUCGCUGGAGUCCUUCCUACGGCAGAUGGGACAAUCCUCGAGCGAAGCUGAGGAUCUCACCGGCAAGGUGGAGGAGUUUCUGGAGGAUGAGACCAACCUGCUAGCCUGGUCGGCCAUGUGCCGCAAGGAGAACAAGCCCCAUGACCCGAAGCAGUGCGAGGAGAGCUUCCUGCGCAGCUUCUUGGAGAUGUGCGAGUGUCAGCAGGAAGCCCGGCCCCUGAAGCGCCACAAAGGCGACGGAACUGCCAUGGCGCUUUGGGUGCAGAACUUGCCGCACCACGCCACUGCCGCGGACCUGGAGGACCACUUCUCCAUUUACGGCAAGGCGAUCAAUGCGCAAGUGCGCGGCUCUGAGGGCCGUUUGACUUUGGUCCCGGAGCUCACAGAGGAUGCGGUGCAACUUAUGGGGGUGAUCAUGGAGCACACACAUCGGAUCCAGGGCGAACAGGUGCUGGUGCGGGCAAUGUUGGAAAAGUCAGGAUGAGGAGCAACAGUGUUCCGGGCUACGCCGCAAGGCAAAUUCAGAUGUUUCUGCAAGAAUGCAGUAGGUAGGGGCCAUCGCUCAUGAGCUGCAACCAAGGCAUGCCCAUAGACAGUGCACAGCAA